AUGAAAAUCCUCGUGGCCUUGGCAGUCUUUUUUCUCGUCUCCACUCAACUGUUUGUAGAAGAAAUUGGAGCCAACGAUGAUCUGAAUUAUUGGUCUGACUGGUCCGACAGAGACCAGAUCAAGGAGGAGCUGCCCGAGCCCUUUGAGCAUCUUCUGCAGAGAAUCGCCCGCAGACCCAAGCCUCAGCAGUUCUUCGGAUUAAUGGGCAAACGGGAUGCUGAUUCCUCAAUUGAAAAACAAGUGGCCCUGUUACAGGCUCUUUAUGGACAUGGCCAGCUCUCUCAUAAAAGGCAUAAAACAGAUUCCUUUGUUGGACUAAUGGGCAAAAGAGCUUUAAAUUCUGUGGCUUAUGAAAGGAGUGCCAUGCAGAAUUAUGAAAGAAGACGUAAAUAAACUACCUAACGUAUUAUUCAUUGAGCUUCAUUUGUGUCAAUGGCCAAGGCAAGAUAAAAUGA